AUGGUAAAAAAAAUCAUAAUUUCUCGUUUUAAUAAUAUAGCAGCUAUUGUACAGAACAACAAAAUACAAGAAAUUAUUAUUAUUAAUAACUCUUAUCAAGUUAAUGAUAUAUAUAUUGGUAUUGUACAAAAAAUUUUUUCUAGUAUAAAUGCAGCUUUUAUAAAGCUAGGUAAAAGUGGUAAGAGCGGCUUUAUACAUAUUAGUGAUAUCAAACGUCUUAAAAAACACAGACAUGCAAAUCAUAUCACAGAUAUACUAUCUAUUAAUCAAGUCAUCGUAGUUCAAGUUAUCAAAGAACCAACUCUUCACAAAGGACCUAGAUUAACCGCUAACAUUAAUCUAUCUAGUAGAUACUUAGUACUAAUGCCUUUUUGUAACAACAUAUCUGUUUCACAUAAAAUUCAUGAUAAGAAUGACAGAAUAUAUCUCGAAUCUUUAGCUAUUUUACUAAAACCAGCAAAUAUGGGUAUUUUAAUUAGAGCAUCUGCUCAAGGAAUAUCAGCAAAUAUUAUUUUAGAAGACCUUGUAAACUUAAAAAAACAAUGGAGCUUUAUAGAGAAAAUUGCCGUAUCAUCAAAUUUUCCUUCAUUAAUAUAUAAAGAAGAGGAUUUAAUUACGAAAAUAAUGAAAGACUUUUAUGAAGAAAAUACAAAAAAAAUUAUUAUUGAUUCCAACAAAGGUUUUAAAAGAAUUAGCUACUAUUUAGACAAAUGGAAAUGUAUUACGCCUAUAACAAAUAUCAAACUACAAUUAUAUAAAAGAUCCGAAUCCAUUUUAGAGCAAUUUAAUAUUAAAUCUAGUAUUUUAGAAGCUUUAAAAACGAGGGUGCAACUAUCAUUUGGCGGACAUAUAAUAAUUGAUAAUAAUGAAGCUCUUACUGUUAUAGAUGUUAAUUCUGGCUCAUUUAAUCAGUCUGACAAUUCUAAAGAAACAAUUCUAAGAACAAAUUUGUACGCAGCUAUUGAAAUAGCAUAUCAAUUAAGAAUACGAAAUAUAAAUGGGGUAAUUAUUAUUGAUUUUAUAGAUAUGGAAUCUCAAAAAGAUCAGUUACAGCUAUUAGAAUAUUUUAAUAAGUUGCUAAAAUUAGAUAAUGCUAAACCGCAAAUAGUACAGUUAUCUGAAUUAGGACUCGUAGAAUUAACAAGAAGAAGAAGAGGUCAAAGCUUACAAGAAAUUUUCAAUGGUAAAAACCAUGCAUAUUUAAAUCUUGAAUCUAAUUAUAAGUUAGAAGAUAAAUAUAAUCGAUUAAAUAAUAAACAACAAAAUAACUUCUUAAUUCAUAGAAAAAUCAAAUUUUUAUUUUUUCAAAAAAAAUUUAACCAAAAUAUUUUAUUAAAAAACAAAAUAUUUUUAAUGAAAAAUAAUUACAAAUACAAUAAUUAUAUGUGUAUAGAUAAAAGUAAUAAUAUCAAUUUUAUUCAUCCACAAAAAAAUUAUAUUAUACCUCGAAGACUAUACUCUAAUGUAAUAAAAAUAAUUUAA